GACAGGCAGCUCUCCAAUGGCCUCCGCCGGGCGGCUGAGCCUGAGACCGAAACGGAGCCGAGGACGACAGUGACGCAUGCAGUUGUUCACUAACCUGACGAGUCAGGCAACGAAUUUCUCGUUCGUCUUCAGCUUUCCACUCGCAGAGAAUGAAAGAACAGUACGUAGUACUUCUUUGAGAGAGCUAGCCGUAAAAGGCAGCAGGAGAGGUGAGUCAGCUCGGAUCGUACUACUAGUAGAAAAAGCCGCCUCUCCGGCCGGCGCUCGUCCCGGAUUUCCAUGCCUGCAAGUUGACUGCCAACAACGACGACUCCAGCCCACGUGUCUUCCACACCUCCCGUUCCUCGAGGCCGACCGCACAUACAUCCACACCCACGCCCCCAAACUCCUCUGAACCCAAACCCAUCGAUCUCUCUGUCCAUGGCAGUCGCGAGGCUGGUGGCCGCUCCAUUCCUUCUCCCGACUGGCGCAAUCGCCUCCUCCCGCGUCCGGAGCCCGCCGGCCGCGGCCGCGCAGCGGCUGGUGUUCGCGCCUCUCUCGGUGCGCGCGGCGCCCCGCUCGGCGGUUCGGCGCUCCGUGCCCGUGCGCGUGGCGUCGGACGACAGGGUUGUCGUCGGAGGAGCGGGAGAUGAUGGAGGGGACGCAGAGGCCGAGGCCGCGAGGGCAGUGGCGGAGCUCGCGGCGCGGAAGCAGUCGGAGCGGCGGACGUACCUGGUGGCCGCGGUGAUGUCCAGCCUGGGGAUCACGUCCAUGGCCGCCGCCGCCGUCUACUACCGCUUCGCCUGGCAAAUGGAGGGAGGCGAGAUCCCGGUGACGGAAAUGUUCGGCACCUUCGCUCUCUCGGUGGGCGCCGCGGUCGGGAUGGAGUUCUGGGCGCGGUGGGCGCACCGGGCGCUGUGGCACGCGUCGCUGUGGCACAUGCACGAGUCCCACCACCGGCCGCGCGACGGGCCCUUCGAGCUCAACGACGUGUUCGCCAUCGUCAACGCCGUCCCCGCCAUGUCCCUCCUCGCCUACGGCUUCUUCAACCGCGGCCUCCUCCCCGGCCUCUGCUUCGGUGCGGGCCUGGGGAUUACGCUGUUCGGGAUGGCGUACAUGUUCGUCCACGACGGCCUCGUCCACCGCCGCUUCCCCGUGGGCCCCAUCGAGAACGUGCCCUACUUCCGGUGGGUCGCCGCCGGCCAUCAGAUACAUCACAUGGACAUGUUCGAGGGCGUGCCCUACGGCCUGUUCCUUGGGCCCAAGGAGCUGGCGGAGGUGGGAGGGACCGAGGAGCUGGAGAAGGAGAUCAAGCGGAGGAUCAAGAGGAGAGAGACCUUAGAUGCGAUCCAAUGAGAGCUACUUGCCAUACAUACUACAUUUCUCUUUUAUUUUGUCUUCCGCUUUCACAUUAGAUCUUCCCAUCUUGUAGGUACUUCUUUGCUGUGUAGCCUUAUACUAGUGUGUGUAUGUCUUCCUGACUUCCUGUUAGUUGAUAUGCUUACCGCUAGUGCUGAUUUUGUUUUCUGUAUCGAUUAUACGUGCAUAUCGUGGCGCUGACAGUGGCAUUUCAGUUUUCUGUGCUG